UUAAACCAGGGCCUCUGAAAUUUAUUAAAUUAAGAAUAAUGAAUCCAUCUCAAAUAGAAAUUAAAAUAAAGCCAGGAGAAGUAAUAGCAUUUUUGGAAUCGAUAAAUGACCAGGAUGAAAUAAUAAAUAUAAAAUUUAAAAAUGAAUUUAAUGAAAAUGAUCAAAAUAAUAUUUCACAAUAUAAACCUAUCUAUUCAUGUCAAACAAAUUUACUUAUAGAUCACGAAUUUUUAAAAGGAAUAAACUUAGAAAAAUCCAUAUUAAGCAUACAAUCGAAGGAAAAGCUAAAAGAGAUUAUCUGCAAAUAUAAGCAUGUUUUUACUGAAAAAAGCGAUUAUAAGGGGUCAAUAAAACAUGAUAUUAAUUUAGAACCGGGUAAAGGUCCAAUUGCUUCUAGACAAUACCGAGUGCCCAUGACAAUGAAAGAGGAAAUUAAAAAACAGGUAGAGCAGAUGCUUAAAGACGGAAUAAUAGAGCACUCGAAUUCCCAAUUUGCCUCUCCUGUUGUAUUAGUCAAAAAGAAAGAUGGUAGUAUGAGAUUCGCAAUAGAUUACAGAAAGCUAAAUUCAAUCACAAUCAAACAAGUUUACCACUUACCAUUAAUCAAUGAGAUAAGAGAGGAAUUCCUUUUGGCCUUUGUGGCGCUCCUUCGACAUUUAUGCGUGCUAUGAAUGAAUUGAAAAAAUAUAUAUCUUCCUCAUUUUUAAUUUACAUCGAUGACGUUAUUCUUUCUUCA